AUGAACGGCACUAAUUUGUGCGAGAGAAAAACGUGUCCCGUACUCACGUGUCCGAUUGAAAAUCAAGAAACGACACCGGGAGAUUGUUGUCCUCAUUGUCCGCCGACGGAAGAAAGUCGUGCUAUAUGUAUGGUUCACGGGAAAACGUAUGAGGAUGGCGAAUCUUGGCAUCUUGAUUCGUGCAUGUCGUGUACCUGUUACAAGGGAGCUCCACGUUGCGCCAGAGAAAUGUGUCCUGAAACAAAUACGCCCUGUCCGGAAAAUCAAAAAUUGAUACACGAAAAGGGGGAGUGUUGUCCGAAAUGUGUGGAAAGCGAUGGAGUGUGCACGGUCUUCGGGGAUCCCCAUUAUAAAACAUUCGACGGAAAAUUUUUCAGCUUUCAGGGUUCUUGCAAAUAUUUAUUAUCGGAAGAUUGCGUCGGAAGAACAUUUUCGAUACGUGUCACCAACGACGCAAGAUCGACAAAAACGUCAUCUUGGACGAAAACGAUUUCCAUUAAGAUUGGAGAUUUGAAAGUUAAUCUCGGGCAAAAAAUGAGAGUUAAAAUAAAUGGAGAAAGAGUGAAACCGCCAUUUAAAAAAGAAAAUCAAAUCGCAAUUGAAAAAACAGAUGAAAGCAUACUAGUUAAGACUGCCAUAGGUAUACAGGUUUUAUGGAACGGAAAUAGUUUUUUAGAAAUAUCAGCACCGAUUAAAUAUAAAAAUAGAUUGUGCGGACUCUGUGGAAAUUUUAAUUCGGUAACGAGGGAUGAUCUCAGAACGAGGGAUGGAAAUUUGACAAAUGAUACCAACGUGUUAGGUCUAUCGUGGAGAGUGGGCGGUAAAAAAGCGUGUGGUAGAGACCACGAUAAAAUAAACAAAGCAAUGGAAUGUUCGUCAAAUAGUACAAAAAGAGAAAAUUGGGAAAGAUGCAUUAUGAUAAAAACAAAAGUUUUUGAAGGAUGCCGAAAAAAAAUUAAUGACGUUGCCUACCUCAGAUCAUGCAUAAUGGAUAUGUGCGAAUGUCCGAAUAAAAUGUGUUAUUGCGAGUCUUUGACGGCAUAUGCUCACGGAUGUCAAAGGUUAGGAAUCAAUCUCGGUAAUUGGAGAGACGUCGUACAAUGUCCGGCGAAUUGGGUUAAACAUCGUGAUAAAAUUGGACCCCCGAGAGAAUUUCGUCCUUUUUUCAAACAUAAAUAUAAUUGGAAAAAUUCAUCUUUCGGACCGGCGAGACCGACGAAAAAACCAGCUUGGCAAAGACUUCAUAAGAGGAUAGAAAAAAGUAGGACAAGGGGUGUCAGUGAAAGGCCGCCACCUCCGAUACUUAUUUAA